AUGCUACCUCACUACAAUUCGUUUCCUCACAAUUCCAACCAAGUUCACGUCAAUGGUAGCUCUGCUCCACCUCACCAGAUACAACCUCAAUUGGGUAUCAAGAAUAAUCAAGUUCCAAUCCCGUUCAGUAAUGCUAAUGCACAUUUAAGCAAUGGGCAUGGAGGGGCCAUGCCCAAUAUGCCACCUUCCAUGAUAGCUCAACCCAAUUUCAUGGGUGUACCUAACAACCUUCAUCCUAUGCAAAGUAACCAUCUGGGUAUGCCUCAAUUCGGUUCUGUUGGUCCUACAUCUCAACCAGGUCAGCCCCAUGUUGGAUUUUUCAGUUCACAAAAUAAUGCACACAGUAUGAACUCCGUUGCUUCCUUUCCGCUUCAUGGGCAAUUCUGCAAUUUGGUGCAGAAUGUGAAUCAAGCGGUUUCAUCGCAGCCGCCUGGGCAAUUACUUGGGCAUAACCUGUUAAAAUUACCACAACAGAUCAACCAAAAUAUGGGUUUGCUAUAUGGACAAUUCUGUUUGCCAAAUCCAUUGCAAAAUAUGAAUCAAUUUGUGCAAAUGCAAAUGCAUAAUCCAUCCCAACUUGGUCCUAAUUAUGCUUUUGCGGGAUUGAAUCAAGCACCUCAGGCUACAGUUUCUCAAAAUUCCCCCUUUUUUGCAACUCAUCAGUUCGGUAAUGUGCAUUCUAAUCAGGCAGGCCAGCAAGUUAACCAGAAUCAGCAAAACUCGGUUCUGCCUGCAAUGCAAGGGACACAGUUUUUUCAGGGAAAUCAUACAAACACUGGUGGUGUUUACAGUUCAAAUACCAAUUGGAAACAUUCACCAAGCAAAAGCUUUACAAAGCAUCCAAAAAGAGGGGUGCAGCCGCAAGGGGGAUUUCAGAAUUCUCAGUUCCAUCAUAUGAAAAAUGCAAAGGGAAAGUUUGCUUUUCCUAACGGGAACAAAGGAAAAGGGUUGAUAAAUGAGAGCAAAGGAAAGUUUACAAACCAAGGCAGGGAAGGGAAAAGAUCUCUUUCUUUGCCCUAUACUGAACAAGAGAUUCAGCGGUGGCGUGAAGAACGCAGAAGGCACUACCCAUCAAAAUCCAACAUAGAGAAGAAGCUAAGUGAAAAGCUGAUAAACUCAGAGGUCAUUGAGAGAGAGGCCAAAAUGCGACGAGAGCAACUGAAGGAGAUUCUUACAAAGCAGGCUGAGUUGGGAGUUGAAGUUGCCGAAAUACCAUCAUACUACCUUGAAGAUUCAAACCAAGGGCAUAGAAGAGAAGACAAUAAGUCUUUCACUAAGAAGGGGAGAUUACCAAACAAUUUUGGUAAGAGAGAAAAAUAUGAUAAAAAGGAUUGGUUUGCCAAGAGGCAAAAAUCUCAUCACAAGGAUUCAUCUAAUGACCCUUCUUUCAGCAAAAGGGAGCCAACCUUACUGCAGAAACUUCUUAGUGCAGAUAUAAAGAGAGAUAGAAGCCGUCUGCUGCAGGUGUUUAGGUUCAUGGUGACAAACUCUUUCUUCAAAGAUUGUCCUGACAAACCUUUGAAAUUUCCUAUGGUAGCAGUUAAAGAAAGUGGGUGCAGUGAAGACAUGGCUGAAGAACUGUCUUCACUUGCAGCGAAAGAUGCUUCUAAAGGCAGUGACAAUUCCAUGGUUGAAAUAAUUCAUAACAAUGAUUAUGAAUAUCAUAAUGAUGUUUGUAAUUAUGAUGAUGGUGGUGAUGAAGAUGAUGAAGAAGAAGAGGGAAUUGAGAGAGCUGAGGAAGAAGAGGGAGAAAUCAUAAACUAG